UCCCCGGGUGGGCGUCAUGCGGGGCUGCUGGCAGCUGUGGGCGCUGCCCUGGGCGGCGCUGGCCCUGCAGGGACCCUCCUGGACGGGCGCCGGGACCCCCGAGGGCACCGGGUCGGCGCGCCGGGACUUCGAGGACGACGUCCUUGACCUGCUGGAGGCGCUCAACAUCAGCCGCUCGGUGCCAGGCGUCAGCAAGACCCAGGGUCCCGAUCCGGGCAUCCCGGCUUGGAAGUUCCGCCGACGGGUGCCCGUCCUGACUCUGCCCUGGGAUUACUCCGUCUACCUACUGUCCACGGUGCAAGCCGCCCUCGGCUUCCACUUCGUGGCCCGCCAGAACCCCGGAUCGGAGGGGACGCUCAUCUCCCUGGCCUCCCCGGCAGCCUCCAAGCGGGACGGGCAGCCCCUCCUGCAGCUGGCAUCCAGCACUCAGGCGGACCAGUUACGGCUGGCGUACCGGGCAGUGCAUAACAUGGAGCCGGCCUCGCUGGUCUUCCCCGGAAGCACCCCGUUUGCCCACGGCCGCUGGGCGCAGCUGGCCCUGAACCUGGAGCCACGGCGCAUCUCCCUCUACGUGGACUGCCAAGAGCCCUUCAUUUUUGAGAACCGCCGUGGGGAGGAGCUACUCAGCCUCCUCUUGCCCCUCGACCUGCAGAUCACCUUUGCCAGUUUGGCCGGAGACGAAUCCAGCAAGUUCCUGGGCUCCUGGCAGACGGCCGAGAUCUCCCCCCAUGGCUUCCCCCACCGCCCCUGGCACUGUGAGAACCUGCUGGAGCUGGACCUGUUCUCUCUGCCCUACGGUCUGUCUGAGAACCAAUAUCUUGAUCACCCAGAGGAACCUUCUCUGGAACUGGAUUCCUUGGCACCCUUUGAGCCGUCGGCCCUGUCAGAAACCCACCACUACCAACAAGAGCCCAGCCAAGCAGAAUUGCCACCCCUGGGAUCCGCGAGGUCUGGUGUGGCCAGCCUGGAAGACCGGAUCCAGAGGCUGGAGGAGCAGGUGGAGGGACUGGGAACCAUGCUGGAUAUGGUGAAGGAGCAGAAUUCCGACCUGCGGAGCCGGCUGAAGUUCCUUGAAGGAUGCGAGUGCCGGCGGGUGACCUGCUCUGCAGAUGGGCAGCACUACGAGGAGGGGGCUUCCUGGGACCGAGACCCCUGCACCUCCUGCGUGUGUGCGCAGGGCAAGGUCGAGUGCCAGCUGCAGCCUGACCGGAUGCACUGCCAGGGUUGUGUGAACGGAACCGCGAGACACGAACACGGGGAAGAGUGGACGCCCCCCACGGACCCCUGCCUGAGGUGCAAAUGUCAGGAGGGCAAUGCCAUCUGCCAACGGAGGCAGUGUGCCAGUCUGUGCCGCCACCCUGCCCGCCCUCGCCCCGGCACCUGCUGCCCCGUCUGUGACGGUUGCCUUUGGGAAGGACGCGAGUACCGCAGUGGUGAUGCCGUGCAGUCCCAAGACCGCUGCAAACACUGCCGGUGUGGGGCUGGCGAGGUCUCCUGCAGGCAGGUGAGCUGCCCACCUGCCCUCUGCAGCCAUCCAGGCAAGCACCCAGAGCAGUGUUGCCCCACCUGCGACGUCUGUGAAUUUGAAGGACGGUUGUACCAGGACAGAGAGACGUUCUCGCCUGCCGAGGGAGGCCCCUGCCUGCAGUGCCAGUGCUCGGAUGGGCAUGUCCGGUGCCAGGAGGAAUCCUGCCCCCCAACGCCAUGUUCCCAUCCCCUCCAGGACCCCAAACGCUGCUGCCCGGUGUGCACAGUGUGUGUUUUCGAGGGCCUGGAAUUUGAAGAUGGCACCGAGUGGGCGCCAGCAGGCGAUCCGUGCAGAGCCUGCACCUGCCACCAGGGGGAGACGGUGUGCCGUGCUCUCCAGUGCCCCCCUGUCGCCUGUCAGCAUCCAGCCCGGCUUCUCGGUUCCUGCUGCCCCCAAUGCCACCAGUGUCUCUACAACCAGCGCCUCUACAGCCACGGCCAAGAAUUUGCCGAUCUGGACAAUCCCUGCCAGAAUUGCCAGUGCAAGGGGGGCACCGUCCACUGCUCACCCACCGUCUGCCCACCCGUGACCUGCCCCCACCCAGAGCGGAGGCCUGGAUCCUGCUGUCCUACCUGCCCAAGCUGCCUUCACGAGAACCAGGUGGUACCAGACGGGGAGGAAGCCCCCAACCCGCUGGAUCUGUGCCAGGCCUGCGUCUGCUCCGGGGGGGAGCUGGUCUGCACCCCACGGAAGUGCCUGGCUCCCCUCUGCGCCCACCCCUUGCCGGGCUCCUGCUGCCAAAACAACUGCAAUGGCUGCAGCUACACCGGAAAGGAGUACCCCAACGGAGCAGAAUUCCCCCACCCCACCGACCGCUGCCGGCAAUGUCAUUGCAUCAACGGCCACGUGCAGUGCCUCUCCCACCGCUGCCCACCCCUGCUCUGCCCCGAGCCCACCGUGAGACCCCAGGAGUGCUGCCCCCAAUGUCCAGCCCCUCCAGCUGGCUGUCUGUACCUGGGGGUCUCCUACCAACACCUGGAGCGGUUCUACGACCCGUCGGAGAAAUGCCGCAACUGCGUUUGCGCCAACGGCACCAUCACCUGCCAGCGCCAGCCCUGCGCGCCGGUCCUGUGCUCCCACCCGCUGCAGCAGGGGUGUUGCCGCUCUUGCGAUGGCUGCCUCUACCAGGGCAAGGAGCUGCCCAACGGGGAGCAGUUUGCGGACCCCCAAGACCCCUGCCGCCUCUGCUCCUGCUGGGAAGGGAGCGUCAGCUGCAAACUCAAGGCCUGCCCUCCGGCCGAGUGCCCCUUCCCGGUGCCUGGGCCUUGCUGCAAGAGCUGUGAAGGGUGCGAGUACGUCUCCCAACGCUACCUGAGCGGGCAGAAGUUCCCAGACCCCCAAGACCCCUGUAGUCUGUGCUCCUGCCUGGACGGCUUCGUCUCCUGCACAAAGAAGCCCUGUUUCCAGGCACCCUGCAGCCACCCUCUGCGGACAUCCGGCCAGUGCUGUCCGACCUGCCAGGACUGCGCCUUUCAUGGGGUCACCGUUGCCAGUGGCCACUCCGUCCCUGAUCCAGCGGACCCUCUCUGCUCUGAGUGCACCUGCCAGGCGGGCUCAGUCCGUUGCAUGAAGAAGCCCUGCACGCCUGCCAACUGUGCCCAUCCGGUGCCUGGCCCAUGUGCCUGCCCCCUGUGCCAGGGCUGCAGGUUCCAGGGUCAGGACUACGGAGAUGGAGAGAGCGUCGCUUCCCAACACCAGCCAUGCGAGGAGUGCCAAUGCCUGCGUGGCACAGUGAAGUGCUCUCCCACCCCGUGCCCGCCCGCGCCGUGCCAGGAGCCCAUCACGCCCCCUGGGCAGUGCUGCCCCCAAUGCACGGGCGCCUGCCGCUACCAGGGGCAGCUCUACAAGAGUGGGGAGGUCUUCACUUCGCCCCAGGAUGCAUGCCACAAGUGUAUUUGUCGGGCAGGAACGGUGACAUGCCAGCCCAAGCCUUGCCCGCAUCAGUGUGCCCACCCCGUGCCCCUCGCCCGGACUGCCUGCUGCCCCUUGUGCGAUGGCUGCCUUUACGAGGGUCAGGAAUACGCCAACCGAGCGGUCUUCGCCCCGCCCUCCGAUUCCUGCCAGCGCUGCAGCUGCCUGGGGGGCAACGUGAUCUGCACCCCUGUGGCAUGCCCACCGGCCCUGUGUGCCAAACCCAGCCGAAAGCCUGGCGAAUGCUGUCCGCAGUGCCAAGUGUGCCAGCACGGAGGCCGGGAGUACCUUGAAGGCACCCAGUGGCUCUCGGCUUUGGACCCUUGCCAGGAGUGCUCCUGUGGGCCUGGGGGCGAAGCCUCUUGCCAGCCGGUACCCUGCGAGGCGACGCUCUGCUCGCACCCAGCUCCGGGCCCCUGCUGCCCCCUGUGCCAUGACUGCCUCUUCGAAGGGGAACGCUAUGCCCACGGGCAGGCUUUCCAGCCGGAGUCAUGCCUGCGGUGCUUCUGCCAGGAUGGCAAUGUCCACUGUGAGGUCAUCGUCUGCCCUCCUGCCACGUGUGCCCACCCAGUGACGGAGCCUGGAAUUUGUUGCCCACAUUGCAAAGGAUGCAUGCAGGAGGGCCAGGACCGGCCCAAUGGCAGCAGCUGGUUUUCUCCCUCGGAGCCCUGCCAGGCCUGCCUCUGUGCGGAUGGCGUCGUCACUUGCACCCGGAUCAUCUGCAUGAACACCUGCCCCGCGCAGGUGGAGAUGCCCGGGGAGUGCUGCCCGGUGUGUGCAGAUUGCAGCUACGGGGGCCGUAAAUACGGGCCAGGGGAGAGCUUCCAGCCUGGGGAAGACCCCUGUGAAGUCUGCACCUGUCAGCUUAUGUCGGACGGCCAUCCGCAUCUGCAGUGCCACCGCAGACGGUGCCCCAGCCUCCUGGAUUGCACCCAGGACCAGAUUCAGGCACCGACACCUGGCAACUGCUGCCCCACCUGUGCACAAGCCCUCAGCAACUGCACCUCCGCUCUGCUGGGCAACCAGGUCCAAGCCACGGAGGACCCCUGCUACACCUGUACCUGCCAGGAUCUGACCUGGGUCUGUGUGCUCCGAGGAUGCCCGUCGCUCAGCUGCCCCACCGCCGAACGCUUCACCCCCCCGGGGUCCUGCUGCCCAGUCUGUGACGAAUGCGUGAUUGAGCCUGACGGCCGGCAUGUGUCUGACGGGGAGACCUGGAAGGACAGCGUGGACAGCUGCGUGUCCUGUUCGUGCCACCUGGGACACGUCGAGUGCCACAUCCAGGAGUGUCUGCCCUUGGUGUGCCCAGAUGGCCUAGUGGAGGUGCGGGUGCCGGGCCAGUGCUGUGCCGAAUGCCGAGAUCCCAGCCAGAACUGCUCCCACCUGAGCCAGGUGUUCCAGUCCAACCAGCGUUGGCAGGUGGACGAAUGUACCUCCUGCACCUGUGUCUCCAACCAGGUGCAUUGUCGUCGUGAACGCUGCUCCCCGCCCGCCUGUGCUGCGGAUGAGACUCUGGCCCUGAUUCCCGGCGUGUGCUGCCCCCGCUGCGUCCCACAUCCCGCCACCUGUGUGGCCUUUGGUGACCCCCACUACCGGACGUUCGACGGCAAAAUGAUCCACUUCCAGGGGGGCUGCGUGUACGUCCUGUCCCAGGAUUGCCAUGGGGGGGACUUCAGCAUCCAUGUGACCAACGAGGAUCGUGGACGCCCGGGCGUGUCCUGGACUAAGGAGGUGACCAUGCUGAUCGGGGACACCACGGUGCAGUUGCUACAGGAUGGUGUGGUCACGGUGGACUCCCAGACUAUUAACCUCCCCUUCCUGAAGGAGCCCCAUCUCUCUGUGGAGCCAAAGGGGAGCACCCUGCUACUGAACACCAACAUCGGCGUCAAGGUGGUCUGGAACGGCCGCUCGCAUCUGGAAGUCAGUGUGCCCGGAACAUACAAAGGGCGCCUGUGUGGACUUUGCGGUAACUUCAACAGCUUCCCCCAGGACGAUCUGCGGAUGCGGUCAGGACACCUGAGCCUGUCGGAGGCAGCUUUUGGGAACAGCUGGAAGGUAGCCACCGCCAACUCUACAGGUUCGGACCGCUGCGCCGACGCUCUGGAUGCAGAUCCUUGCAAAGGAUCCGGGUACCGUUCCCGCAAAGAGGCCAAUGCCCGUUGCAAGGUGCUGAAGUCACCCCCCUUCGAGCGAUGCCACGCUGCCGUGCCCCCAGAGCCCUUCUUCGCUUCCUGCGUCUAUGACCUCUGCGCCUGUGGGGCUGCGGGCUUGGACAACUGCCUCUGCGAGGUCCUGGAGGCCUAUGCCAGCCAGUGCCGCCAUGCUGGCAUGAUGGUCCAGUGGCGCUCACCUACCCUCUGCGCGGUGGGCUGUCCCCAAGAGCGGGGCUACAUCUUCGAUGAGUGUGGACCCCCCUGCCCCAAGACCUGCUUCAACCACGCUAUACCCCUGGGGGUGCUGGAGUCCCACUGCUUUAAGCCCUGUGUGCCAGGUUGCCAGUGCCCAGCAGGUUUCGUAGAGCACCAGGCCCACUGCAUCCUCCCAGAGGCCUGUCCUCCCAUCGUCCAUAGCACUCUCUGAACUGGACUAUCUUGCUUGAUCUUCACUCCCUUUUGGGACACCCAUGGACCUUGGAGAGGGACCUUCAAAGCUGUUCUGGAGGUUCCUUUCCCACUCAACCAAAACACAACACACAGGUUCACACAUGCAGCUACCAUUCAAGGGUAGAAGCUAUCCCUGGUCAUGGAUUCUUGUGUCUGAAAAUUCUGGACCUCGGUCCUCAUGAACGAGGCGAAAACGGGGAAAGGAUUUCCAUGCCACAUUCCAGAACAAACAAUAAGUUUGAAUAAUGAACUGUAGUUAAUGAUGCAAAACCAAAUAAUUGGGAAAAGUUCACAAUUUGUCUUGUUUGGAUUGCAUUAUGGGCCAGAGAUAUACACAAUUCUCCAUCCAUAUCCCUUUUCUUCCUGGGCCUUCAGGUUCAAAUCACAAGCAUGCACAUCUCCUUUCACCUUCCAUUAACCAGAUUGGUGGGAAAAUACUAAUCCUUUCUUGUCCAAUUACAAAGCGCUCCUUGGUAGCGAAUUGGGCCCUUCUCAUUGCACCAACCUAAUCCAGAGCUUUCUGGAAGGGCUCCUAGCCCUCUUGCUGACAUUCUCCGGAUUGUGCUUUCAAUCAAUCUGGCUUUUUGCUGGGACACUUUCUCGGACAAUAUCAGGGAUGCCACCUAGCAGCUGUUGGCCACAAAGUCUGAAGGUUCUGAUAAUUGUAGUAGGGGUGGGGCUCCCCACAUUAGACAUCCACAGUCCCUCAGCUGGUUCCAUACCUAAGGUGUGUCUAGAAAUCACUGUCUCCUGGUUUCUAGGCUGUCACCUUACCAACAACAAACUGACCCCGCAGUCAGUCUCAAAUAACAGAAUAAGAGUUGGAAGGGACCUUGAAGGUCUUCUAGUCCAGUCCCCUGCUUAAGCAGGAGAUCUUAUACCAUGCCGUCUC